GUCAAAAACAUCAAGCACAAAUUGAGAAUGCAAUAAAAUAUAAUACAACAUAUCGAGAAGUCACCACAGAAUUCACAAUGUUACGAUUCUUUGGAUGUUCGUUACUUUUCCUGUUAACCGUACAAGUGAUUUGUUUCAAUAAAGAAGAUUGUCACGAUGAUGUAUCCGGCUCCAAUAUAUGUGAUGCUUAUUUUAUGGUCUUCAGAUGGAACGACACACUUCAGAAAUGCGUAUCUGAAUUUUACGAGGGCUGUAAGCCAACGAAAAAUAACUUCCAUACUAUAGAACAAUGUCAGAAGAUUGCUGAACCAGUAUGUAAAGGGGUAAAAUAACAAACAUUAUUUAAUUGUAAUGAAAUGACUAAGUAAAUAAAUAAAAUUUGCAGAAAAGUA